AUGCCCUUGCGUUGCGAAGUCACUGGACCUCAACAACCAAGCCUGGCAGAAUCGGCGUCUCGGGCUCGUGCCUCAUCCCCUACUCCAGCUCCCCCAUCGGCCUCGUUUCACCUCGUCCUCUGUACGCCUCAUCUCUGCCGGCUCGGACGCACGCGCCCUGUGCUCGUUAGGGGAUUAAUUUGUGUAGCCUACAACUUCGCCGGGCCGGGCAAGCACCGUAUGUGUACACAGUUGAGGCUCUCCAGGCCUGGCAAUUGCGAGCGUCUGAGUCCGGUUUGUCGAGGCCCUCGGCGCGAGAUAUUAACGCCCCAAACUCUGGGUCAUAUUGUGCGCAGUCUCUUCUCGGAUGGCAGUCACUUUACUCCCCCACCUUUGGGACGAUCGCAAUCCUGA